UCAAGAUGCCGGCGGCAACUGCAUCGUCGAUAUUCUCGCUGUUUUCAUACGACAACCUUGUCCAUGCUGUUGCCGGUGCUACUGGAAGUGCCGUGUCGAUGACAGUCUUCUAUCCACUCGAUGCAGCAAGGGUCCGAUUACAGAUUGACGACAAACGCAAGGCUAAACACACACCACAGGUUAUUGCUGAUAUCGCACAGGAAGAAGGAAUAAGCUCACUGUACAAAGGUCUGUUACCGGUGCUACAGAGCCUUUGCUGCUCCAAUUUCGUAUAUUUCUACACCUAUAACGGACUAAAACUCUCGUACUAUGGCGCUACUCGUACACCAACCGGAUUCAGCGAUCUCGCGAUUGGUUUUAUUGCCGGGGUGACCAACGUACUGAUUACCACACCGUUAUGGGUGGCCAACACUCGCCUCAAAUUACAAGGCGUGCGACUGAAAAGUAAUGCAGACAAGGAGGUAAAACAUCCCCGGUAUAAUGGAAUGAUUGAUGCACUUUGUAAGAUUUAUAAGGACGAAGGCAUCAACAUAUUAUGGAGUGGGACAUUCCCGUCGUUGAUGCUUGUGGCAAACCCUUCCAUUCAGUUUGCUGUGUACGAAGCAUUGAAAAGAUCACAGUUGCCGCUGGCUGGCACUGGUAACGAACUGUCUUCGCUCACUAUCUUCCUCAUGGGAGCAGUUGCUAAAGCAGUUGCAACCAUAGCGACGUAUCCACUUCAGGUUAUCCAAUCACGACUACGUUACCAUGGCAACAAAGGGGAAAAUGGCAAAAAGAUGGGGUUUCUAGCAAUGGUAAUGGACUUAGUGAAGACUCGUGGAUUGCGCGGCAUGUUCAAAGGAUUAGAGGCCAAACUAUUGCAAACUGUUCUCAUGGCUGCUCUCAUGUUUUUAACUUAUGAAAAAAUAGCAAUAUUUGUAUUCACAUUGUUGAGAGCAAACAUUUCAUCUAGCCAACACAAAUGA